GAGGAAAUAACAUUCACAUGCUUUCCUGCUUUGCAGUUGUUUUGUAGAAUCGACGUCAACAGCAGCUACCUCUAACUAGUAACACAACAAACAGGAGAUAGCUAUGCGCCUGUCUUAAAUGACCAGCCAGCUGACGUUAGUUACUAAGACAUUUCUAAGUGGACUCUGACUGACAGCAUAAAGUAAGGAUGGCUCAGUGGGACAGACUGAGGCAGUUGACGGCUGGUUACACACAGCAGCUCCAUGAGCUCUAUGACAGGGAUGACCUGCCCAUGGACGUGAGGCACUACCUGUCAGCCUGGAUAGAGAAGCAGGAGUGGCAACGAGCAGCACGGGACCAUGACUUGGCAAUGGUGCUGUUCCAGGUGCUGUUGGAGAAUCUGGAUAUCCAACACAGCCGCUUUGUCCAGGAGGAGUCAUUCCUAAUGCAGCACAACAUUAGACGCUAUAAACAGAACUUUCAGAGAUACCUGGAAGACCCAUGUGACUUGGCAAACACAAUCCUAUGGUUUUUGGGAAAGGAGAAGGAAAUCCUGGAGAGUGCUGAGCUGGCUGAGCAGGUCCAGUUUUUGCAUGUAGCGCAAGAAGCCAUGGAGACAAGCAGUCAGCAGGACCUUGAACGUAAAAUGGCUGGCCUUCGCAACGAAGUGCAGUGCAUGGAUCAUACAAUGUUUUGUCUGGAGGAGCAGCAAGACGAGUUUGAUUUUAAAUUCCAAACCUAUAAAAUGGAAGCUGUGGUAGAUGAGGCGGUGAAGAAGGAACAAAUGAAGAAUUUUCAGUUACUUAUCAACAGACUGAAUGAAUGUAGAAAGAGCACACUGUCAGACCUAAAUAAGCUCCUGGACAGGAUUGAUGGCCUGAUUGACAUACUGGUGAAGAAUGAGCUGGUGGAGUGGCAGAGGAGGCAGCAGAAGGCCAGCAUUGGUGCUCCAGACAAUGUUUGUCUGGAUCAGCUAGAGAAGUGGUUCACCUGUGUGGCAGUGUGUCUGUUCCAGGUGCGGGAGUUUCUUGGUAAGCUGGACGAGCUGGUAGGAAAAGUGUCCUAUGACAAUGACCCAGUGAAGGCCCAAAAACCCACAAUGCAGAAGAGAGCAGAUACUCUCCUGAAAGACUUACUCAAAAGUUCCUUUGUGGUGGAGACUCAGCCCUCCAUGCCUCAGGGGAAAGGACCCCUGGUGCUUCGCACAAACGUCCAGUUCUCUGUCAAGACCAGACUUCUUGUUAAGUUCCCUGAGCUGAACCACUCUAUGAAAGUGAAUGUGUCCAUGGACAGGGAGGCUCCUCAGAUCAAAGGAUAUCGGCGUUUUAAUGUCCUUGGGACCAAAAUCAAGGCCUUGAACAUGGCAGAGAGCCAAAGUGGAGGCAUGGUAGCAGACUUCAGACAUCUUACUCUGAAGGAGCAGAAGUCUGGAGGUGGGGGCAAAGGAGUCAGUGAUAUUUCUCUAAGUGUUACAGAGGAACUGCACAUCAUCUGCUUUGACACUGUCUUUGAGAUGAAAGGCUUGUCAGUCGAGUUGCAGGCCUCCUCAAUCCCGGUGGUCAUCAUCUCCAACUCCAGCCAGCAGCAGAGCGCCUGGGCGUCUGUCCUCUGGUUCAACCUGCUCAGUGUUGACACCAAGGAUGUCAUGUUCUUUGCCAACUGUCCUGCAGCCACUUGGCCGCAGUUUGGAGAGAUGUUGAGCUGGCAGUUUCUCUCUGCCACUAAACGUGGUCUGAAUGAGGCUCAGCUGGAAAUGAUUGCACACAGACUCUUUGGAAAGCAGCAGAAAUAUGACACCUGCAAAGUAUCUUGGUCCAAAUUUAGCAAGGAAAAUACUCCUGACACUUUCUGGGUGUGGUUUGAUGGCAUCUUGGUGAUGGUGAAAACAUACCUCGAAGACCUGUGGAGGGAUGGCCUCAUCAUGGGUUUUGUGAGCAAAGGCAAAGAGAAGUCCCUCCUGAAGAAGAAGAAGAGAGGCACCUUCUUGUUGCGCUUCAGUGAAAGUGUCAUUGGGGGAAUCACCUUCUCCUGGGUGGAAAUCACCAUAACUGGGGAGCCUGACGUGAAGACGGUCCAGCCCUUCACCAAGGUUGACCUUUGCCAGAUUCCCUUCCAUGAAAUCAUCAGGAAUUUCCAGAUCUUAGAAGCUGAAAACAUCCCAGAAAAUCCUCUUCUCUAUCUAUAUCCCGACACCCCUAAAGACGAGGCUUUCGGAAAAUACUACUCUGAGAAGAGUGGAAGUGACAGUCCUUACAUAAAGUACAUCAAAACCAAGCUGAUGUUUGUUUCAAAGGAGAACACACUGGAGGCUAAGUCACCCAUGUCCUCUGACAUGGCACAGGGUGAAGGCUUGGAGCCAAUGAAUGGCCUGUGUGGAGAGGCAGCCGAACAAAACGGGAGUCCUCAUUCACUGGAGUCACCUCUGGAAACGUAUCACCUUGAUCCCAUGCUGUCUGACUCUGUUGGAGCCACAGAGGACGAGUUACUGCAGUAUCUCAACAACCCCAACAUCUUUGUUGAUUCUGACAACUUGCAAGAGGAGCAGGGGCUGCCGGAUUUCAGUUUUACAGGAUUUAAUUGCCUGCCCCCACAAUCCUGUGGAAGCAUUUUCCAAUAAGCCUCUUUUUUGUAUAUUUAACCAAAACCACUGUACCAUUUAUCGUCACAUUUACUUUUAGCUACUUACAUAACAACACCCAUGUCGUUGCAUACUUAGCAAAUUUACUGUGAACAUAAUAGUUUGCCAUUUUAAUCUGAAAAAUUUGAAAGCCCCUCUGUUAAUUCAGAUUUUUGCUUUCACAAUAAGCAUUAUAUUGCAGCUGUGCACUUUGAAAUCACUAGAACAUAACAUUUAUAAUUCCCUUUAAAUCAUGUAUUGUUGUUAAUGUUUCAAUGAGAAUAUUGGAAGACACAAAAGAGAGAUUAUUGAAUUAGCUGGACUAAUAUCCAAUCCAUUAGUGUCCCAGGCACCUGUAUUAGACAUCUCAACUACCAUGCAGCUGUUACUUUGAGAUAAGAUAUCUAAGGAAUGAUAUAAAACUGACCAUGUAAGAAUAGUACACUGCCCAGACUGCACAUAAUUUAUUGUUUCAAUGUUUGUUUCCAGUUCCUUUGUGGUUACCUUACUGUUGCCACCUGCAGCUUGUGAUACUUUGUUCUGACACAUGGCACUUACUCCCUUUAAGUUAUAUGCUUUUAUAUUUACCUGCUCAUUUAAAUCAAAAAUAAACAUCACCAAUUAAAGGGCA